ACCCGGGCGGUCAAAUUUUGGAACGCAGUCAAACUUUGGGUGUCGUGACAAUCCGAUCGUAAUUCGUGACGUGAUUCAAGAAAGAAAAACUAGCACCACUAAUAAAAAAAAAAUGGCUUCCAACUACGAAAAAGUGAUUCUUGCCUGUAUGGUUCUGUGCUGCCUGGUGGCCCUGGUGCGGUGUGAAGAUGAAGAACAGGAUGUUGCAGAAGGCAGAACUUUCGGUCAUCACUUCCUGAAGCGAAUGAGCUUUGCCGUGGUCCCAGCGGCAUUCGUCGUCGGAGUUAUCACCACCCUGCUAUCCGCUCUAACCGUUGUCUCGAUGAAGGGUCUGGGCGUCGGAGUAAUUCUUCUAGUGCUUGCCGUUUCGCAAAUUCUAGCAAGAACCGCUGCAUCGGUCCCCCUCCCGCCACCAAUCGCUUACGCAGCUCCUCCCGCACCGGUUCCGAUCCUCUACCACAAGGACUGGUAACUUGAUCCACAUCCUCGCAUCAACACGGUAGUCGCAGUGCCAAAUCUCUCCUCAGUGACUAAUGUUAAGUUAAUUUAUUCGAUAUUUAUUGUUAUUUAUUUCCUCACCAAUCACGACUGACUCAAAUCGGUAGCGAAGGAAUUUCACUCCCCCGUUGCGUCGUGAGCGCUCGCUCGCUUGCUCGAACGCCGUCCGAAAAGCGCACCGGGGGAGUGCAGUUCAGAGUUCACGAAAACAGAAACCAAUAAAGCACCAUGCUUUCGACUAAUUAAAAA